AUGGCUGCUGCCCUCGCUGCACACACACCCUCCGUCGCGUCUCCCUCUCUCGCGAGCACGCGCAAGAGCAAGCACGCGCAGUUCGCUCGGUUCACAGCCGAGUCCCCACUGACAUUGUAUGCUGGCGAUCUCUGCGUCUUUGUGCACGCUCCUGCCGUCCAUGAUGCACCGCCAACGUUGUUGCUCCUCGUGAGCUCUCUCAGACAUUGCAGAUCACUUGUGCCCGCCUCACUAGCAUUCGCCCCGCUCUCAACAUCGCAAUCGCCGCCCGCACGGCCAACGCGCCAACGGUUCUGUCUAUACCAUAGCACGCGUCGCAUCCCGCGCAUAUCUGCACGUUCGCCGCCCGAGGAACUACGCGCAACACGCUCGAUGCACAGCCCAGUGUUCGCGACCGCCGUCGCAACCACCGCGCGCAUCGCUUCCUCCUCGGCAGCGACGUUCUUGUACGCAAACUCGCUCCCUGUCUCGAUCCCGACGCCCGCGACGCUCCCGCUCACCGAGCGACUGCACUAUGCGCGCGCUCUUUAG